AUGACAAAAUUUGUACAUUUAUCAAACGAUAUUUAUUUACAUCUCUUCAAAUAUUUUGAAUUGGCAGACAUAUUUUCUAUAUUUUAUGAUAUUAAUAUUAAUAUAAAUUCAGUUAUAAAUGAAAAUCUCGUAAGUUAUGAUUUAUCAAUAGUUUCUAGACAGAAAUUCAAUUAUUACAUUCGACACUUGUCUAGUAAUCCACAGUAUAUCUAUUCAUUAACAAUAUCCAAUGAAUUUCACAAUGAUCUAAUACAAUUAUGUCUCAAUCAAUUUGAAAUUAAAAAUUGUACACAUCUUCAUUCAUUGACAAUUAAUGAGCCAACAUUCAUACAAAGUAAAACAAUUAUAAGAAAUUUACCAUAUCUUAAACAGUUAGCUUACUUGUCAAUUUAUUCGAAGAAAUAUGAUGAUUAUGACGAUGAAAAAUUAUUGGAUUGUGUUAAUUUAAUACUCAAUAGUAGAAAUUAUUCAUUGAAACAUAUCAUAGUACCAUAUAUUGGUUCAAUGGACAACAUUUUUACAACAGCAAUUGUUGAAGAUUUAACAAUUGGUUUGUACAAUUUGGAUCAAUUACGCAAAUUAUUUUAUCAUAUUCCUCAUAUCAAACGUUUAAAUGUGACUAUAGUUAAACAUCGUAAUUCUUUUUGGACAGAUCAAGAUUUACUGCUUAUACCAGAAUCUAAUCUAUGGACAGUUCCUGAUUUAAUCUAUUUAAAACUCACAGUAGAGAACAAUAAGAGUAUUACAUUUGAACAAAUAGAUUUUCUUUUGAAAAGAUUACCCAGUCUUGAACACUUUUUGUUUGGUUGCCAUGAUCAAAAACUUAUAAAUGGAAAACAAUGGGAACAAAUUCUUUCAUCGUUAGUCUCAUUAACAAAUUUUGAUUUUUAUUGUCGAUUUCCUUUAGAGAACGACAAUUAUGAUAUCAAAAAAUUACUAUUUUCAUUUGAAACAAAAUUUUGUGUUGAAUUCAAUUGCUUAAGACUGCCCUGUAAUUCAGUUAUUAUUUUUACUAAAUCUUAUCCGCAAUCUCACUUAGAAAUAACCUGGAAUCAAUUACAAAAAGAUUUGACACAAGAAAACUCAAACGCCCCACUACUUCUUGAUGCAUUUCAACUGAAUAUUAAUAGUAUAUCACCAUCAUUAGAAUAUUAUAAGUUUCAAUACUAUCUUUGUCAGACAAUUUCUACAUCAAAUGUAAAACAGUUAUAUUUGUAUUGUUCUAAUACCUGCAAAAUAUCGAAAAUAUUUCUAUUAAAUUUAUUAUCAAUGUAUAAUAUUCAAACGUUAACUUUGUCAUUGCCACAAUUAAUGACAACGGUAUUUACUAGUGCUCGUACACAUUCACGCUGUUAUAUAAAUAGUGUUCAUUAUUUAACAUGGAAGCAUAAACAUCCUAUUACGGAACACAAUAUUCACGAUUUCUUAGCUUCAUUUCAAAAUGUUAAAUCGGUCACUCUACAUCUAGAAAAAUUGAACAAUGUUCAGUUUAACAUUGCUAAAUUAUUAAGCGAGAAACCGCAUAUUAUCUUUUUCAAUAUUCAUUGGAAUUAUGAGAAUGAUUGGAAUUUAUGGUUGGAAAAUCAACUUCACUUUGAUCAAUUAUUUUAUGAAAAGACGAAUAAUUCGAUAUGUAUUUGGACAUGA